GGCGCUAAACUUGAAGCGCCCACCCAAGCGCCCCUUAUGUUUGUUCGUACCAUUUAACGGACGGGAAGCCGACAGACGAACACCCUUAUCCCGAAAAAUGGCUCGGUUAAGAGGUUGCUGGAAAGGUUGUCAGAUUCAGGUAAUAUGGUUGUUAGUAGUGAUGUUACAUGAGAAUUCUGAGUUUGUAUAGAGCGAAAAUGGGCGUGCCAGAUAAAGGCUCGAUUUAAAGCUUGUGGCGUUAACGUAGAAAUCACGUGACCAAUGACAAGCGAAAGUUGUGUUCAAGUUCAUGCGGCUAUGCGCAGAUCGAUCGGCGAGGUUUUCUGUGGAGAGGGGGAGUGAGGGGCAGAAGACGUAUGGAAGGCCAUUAGGGUCAAAACGUGUAAAACUAACAUGAAACAUGCAAUUACGUAAAUCACAUGUUAACAUGCAAUUUGAAAUUAAGUGUUAACACAUUGGAACCCAUAUUGGACCAUGGAGCUUUACCACCACCUACUGGUCUGGCACUUUUGCUCAAACACACAGAAACAACAGACUAGGCUUGAAAAUCUCAGAAUUUAUUCCAAAAUAUAUUUUGAAUGUCUUUUGAAAGCAUUAGUAGGCUACAGCUACAUAUAACUACAGUAUAACCGUAUUUAACGGGUUUAUUUAAACGGAACUAUAUCACACAUUUCUCCAAACUAUAUUUUCAAAUACACUUUAACUGUGUCAAUUUUUUUGAAGUUGACACAAAAGUGUUUCCUCUAGGAUUUUUUUAGCUGUGGUGACAGGGGGCUCCCCUGGUGGUUAAAUGUGUGUGUAUUAGGGGUGUCAACAAUAAACGAUUCGGCGAUGCAAUGCGAGCAUGCACGAUUCAGCAUCGAUGCAGCAACGUGCCAUAAUCGAUUAUGUCGCUGUUUAUUUUCUGGUCUCGAGUGGACAAUAAAGUUGUGAAGUUUCAGUUACUUCUGGGGGCAUAACAACAACAAUCAAGAUGGCUGAGGCGGAGAGAGAUGACCGCGAUAGAUGGAUGCAUCGAUGAGCGUCAGUGAUGUAGUGGACAAAUGUGCAGAUAAUACUAUGCACAUGCGCCUGCACUGGGAUGCAGCAACACAGUAGGAGGAUCCAUCUCUUAUUGACCACCCAGUUGCUACAUUUCUGAUGUAGAGGAUGAAUUUUAUUUUUUGCCUCCAAUCCUGUAGUCACUCGCGCCCCCCGCGAUAGUGUCGGCGCCCCCCCAAGGGGGCGGGCCCCACUGGUUGAGAACCACUGAGUUAGACUGUCAAACAGACUGACUAAUAACACAACUCGGACCAACCACACAUUCAUCACUGUCACGGAAAUCAGGCAAGUACGUAACCAAGGAGGAAACGCAUUGAUCAAUUUGAGAUCAUCUUCACAAGAAAACUGCAACAAACAGUAAGUUUCUGUUAACAUUUACAGCAAAAACACUUUUUUACCACAUUAAAACCAUGGUUAUUUUUGUAUUACUUUUUACAACGUUGCUAUAUGGUUGUGCUAUUGCUAAUACAGCAUCAAAGGCAAUGGAAAGCGCACUUCCAAUGGAGACAGCAGCACUUGUGGAAAAACCACUACCACCAUCAUAUAAGGAGACAAUAGGUACAAACCCACAGUACCCACCAGGAGGACCAAUGCCUUAUCCUACCACUGAUUCGAAUCAGCCUCAAUAUCCAGCACAAGGCCAUGGACCGAUGUAUCCACCACCCCCACAACCCCAACCAGUUAAUGCUCCUGUUGUUCAGACUGUGUAUGUUCAGCCUGGUGCGGUGUUCAGAGAAGCUCCUGCGCAAGUACUUUGUCCGGUAUGCUCACAGACUGUGAUAACUCAACUGGAGUACACAUCAGGUGCAUUAGCCUGGCUCUCUUGCGUAGGCCUGGCCUGUUUCGGGUGUAUUUCUGGGUGUUGCCUGAUUCCUUUCUGUGUGGACAGUUUGAAGGACGUAACACACCGCUGUCCAAACUGCAAGAGAACUUUAGGAGUCUACAAAAGAAUCUAAACCAUUUGCUGAGCAGUUAUGUAACAACUCUGUCAGUGUGUUGCUUUUAGCAUUUUCUGUAAUACCAACAUACAUCAUACAUAUAUACUAUCAUACAUACAUACAGUGUAUAUAUAUAUACACUGUAAAAAAAAGGUCGACUGUGAUUUCAUAAAAAAAACUGGGAAAAAAAUGUGAUUUAUUCAAUUAUGUAUUUGUGUAGUGAUUUUUGGUAAAUAUCAUAUUAGUGAGUAACGCUUACAAAGCUCAAUGCAUAUCUUCAUACUGUUACCAGAUUUGAAAUAAAACAAAUACUACAUAUACACGCAUUCCCAGAUAAAACAAGGUGCAUAUUUCAUAGUUUCUGCAAUCUGUUUGCUUUACAAAACCCUACUAGUGGUUUAACAUUCUCAUAAGUUAAAUAAACAAAUACACAAACAUAAAAAAGAUUCAUGGCAAAAUUUGCUGAAGAUCCUCCACUUCAUAGAUCCAGUUUUUCCUGUGAAUCGUUGCGUUUUCAGAAAGAUCUGCCAUCUUGACAGCACGUAGCACUGGUUCUGGACUAUGAGACUGAAUGACCCCCAUAACCAUUACAUAUUUACCUGCGGACAAAAUGUAAAAGUUUAUGGACAAAUGCACAUAUACAGUAACUCAAUAUUUAUAUAAAAUGUUUUUCUUUCCUUAUACAUGUUAUGUUAUGGCUGUAUUAAUUUUACUUAAUCAAUACAGGUCAAUACAGAUUAAAAC